AUGCCCAAGGUCUCAGACGAAGAUCUCCUUGCCUUUUACCAGAUGCGACUCACGCCGCAGUUCCCAUUCGUCAUCAUACCGCGGGGAACCAAGGCUGAUCAACUGAAAGCUGAUCGACCAUUCUUGUUUGCAGCCAUCAAAAUGGCAGCGUCACUUUACGACGUCAGGUCGAUUCGUGGCCAGAUGUAUCAGCUCGUGGACCGGGUUACUAAAGAGCUGCUCAUCUCGUCGACAAGAUCUUUGGACCUACUUCAGGCCAUACUGGUCAUGCUCGCCUGGUUUCAUAACCACUGUGUCAUGCACGGCCAGCUUUCCAGUCUGAUUCAUCUGGCCCAGGCGCUCGUGGCAGACAUGUGCUUAAACCAGGAACCUGUGGUUCAGGAGCGGACGAGUGUCAUGGUCCUGGCUCCGCUCGUGCCACCGCCAAGAAACGCCGAUGAUAAACGAGCAGUGUUGGGUGUCUGGUUUCUCACCUCAUACCUACACACUUCACUACAGAAACUCCUUCCGAUGAAGUUCUCCAAAUACCUGAAAAAGUGUCUGAGGGAGUUGGAGGAAGCGCCAGAGGCUGCUUUCGAUCAACUUCUUGUUCAUCUCGUCAAGAUCCAACACCUCACGGAGCAGGUUCACAACUUUCUCUCCAAUGAGGACGAAGAUGAAGAUGUCCUUAGCGCGUAUCGCACACCAACCUUGGCAGGUCAGAGCGCCUUUGAACAGGAGCUACGAAGACUGCAGCAGUCCCUGCCUUCGACCUUGAAAGAUAAUAAAUUACUGAAAGUGCAUUACGCAUCAGCAGUCCUCCGCAUCUAUCAACCACCGCCGGUCGAGCUUCCACUUCUUCAGAAUCUGGCCGACUCAUUCGCCACUAUAAGUAAUGGCAGAUUCUCUACCCUUGAUGUGUUUUAUCGUGCUCGAGCCGCCCUCCAAGGAUUUUUUGACACAUUUCUUUCUCUGCCCACAGAGUUCUACACCUUGAUGCCGAUUUACACCAUGCUUCACAUACUCUCGGGUGUUACGAUGCUUGCUAGAUGGGCCAAGGUGAUGGGGCCCGGACGGACUCGUUCCUCCAGAGCUCCACCCGACAUCCUCACUCCGCAGAAGGUAAUAUGGGACCCCUCGGCGCGGAGACCAAAUCCUGCUACUCUCUUUGGGGCUGGCUUCCCUGCCCCGCCCUCCUUCGAGGAAAGAAGCACCACUUGUGCUACUUCGAAAUCACCUGCAGGAGAGAGAACGGCAGCUCCAACAUGCACAGACUCACCCUCGGCCAGCAGCGGCCUGCCCUCCCCAGCCGCUCCCGCCAAUGCCACGAAUCCUGUGGCAGUCAGGUGCCGCCAAGUACCACCACUCAUCACAGACCCGGCACAGAUCCCCGCCUGUCACAUACGCGAGACCUCGGACCCGAAUAUCCCACGCGCCGUGGCGACACUGAAAGCCAAACUCCACUCGCAGCCUGGGCUGAAUCUCGACAUUGUGGGCCUCUUGACAACCUUGGCCCAACGCUGUGAAGAGGCACACAAUGAGCUUGAACGGUAUAACGGCGGCGUGUGGCAAAACGACAUCUGGUGUGUUUGUGCCAAAAAGGUCUUGAUUGCCCGUGCCAAGCUGGAGAAAUUCUCCGAAAUCAUGGCUGCCGGCGGUGUCUCUGAGAUGCUGCAGAAGUGCAGCAACAACGAGAGCGGCCACGAUGUGCAGGCAGGUGAUGGUGCAGCUCCUCCUCCUCCUCCUCCUCCUCCUCCUACUACUACUACUACCACAAAUGCAAGCAGAGGCCCCAAGGCGCCGGUGGUGGACACUUGUGGUGCUCCUGAGCCGGUGGUUGAGGAGGCUGCCCAGAGCGCCGUGGAACAUCAGGCCAUGUAUGAUGAAGCUAUGAUGAACGAUUUUUGGAUGGACAAUGCCUUUGACUCGCUGGAUCCAAACCUGUGGCCUAUCGACGACGGUGACUGGGGACUAUCGCUGCCCCCUGAAGCCACUCAGGACCCAGGCUAUCUUUUCUCGUGA